AUGAUCGAUGAAGAUGAAUAUUUUGCCAGAAAUAUGAUGUUUGGUGAGAAGAAGUUUAUUGUUGUUGAGCAAAGGUGAGAUUUUACUUUGUUAAACUACAGUCUAGUUUUAAAUAUAAAUGAUAUUUUCAUGUUUUUUUAGCAAUUGAGUUGAAAUAUUGGAGGUCUAAAACAAUUCGAAUAAUAUAAUUUUUAUAAUUUUAUGUUGUCCAUAAGUGAUUUAGCGACUUAUUGACUCAAAAUCGCUUAUGGGUAACGUGAAAUCAUAAAAAUUUAUAUCAUUUGAAUCGUCUUAGGCCUGUCUAUGCUGGGAAUGAGUUUAAAACCCAAUUUCGCAACUCGCUUGCUCAGAAUAUAUGAAAAUGUCAUCUAAAAUUGAUAAAUUCUUGAAAACGCUAAAAACUAGAAAAUGUUUUUAAAAAUCCCGCCAAUUCUCCAAAUAAUAUUUCACCUCCUCACAAAAUACUUGUUAAUUUGACCUUUCAUAGUUUUUUCUUCUUCGUACCUGUUCGUAUCUCUAAUAUACAUUUCAACGGAACCAAUUAAACGAGGAGACAUUUUGUACUUACUGUUUUAUUUCGCCACACUUUUUUGAUUUGAAAAUUAUAUUUAGAGGAUCUUGUUAGGAUUUGCAGAAGCUAUGACGUGGAUUUUCUGGGAUUGUUUAGAAAGAUUCAGACUUUUCCUGAAGUUUAAAGCUAGAAUUCUUUCUGAAUAAUUUUCCAGCCUUCAUGUUUUCUUGACCUGUAUUUGUGCAGUCUUGCAGUUCUAGUUAUCCACCUCCAAAACAACAAAUCCUCAUUUAUUACCCCUGCCUGCAAACCGUCCAUCUUUAUUGUUAUACAAUAAAUAUGUCUCCUUCCUCUCUGCCUGCUUGCUACUUUCUUAUAAACACUCAUUCCUCACAUUCUGCAGGUGUUCUUUUUUGGCCCCUUUUUCCUUUGUAAACACUUUUUAUAAGUAAGUAAUUAUUUAGUUGUGUUUUUUUUCACCCAAAGCAUCAAACAACUUUUUCUCUCUCUAUCAAUUCUUGACACCAUAAUUGUCCAUCCAAAACAACAUUUUCUGUUUUGUUUUGUUUUCUUCUAGAAAAUCGAGUCGUGUACUAAAAAUAUUUGAAGGAAGGAAGGAAGCGAAAACAGAACACCCCUUUUCUGAAAAAGUGCAAAAACGGGCGAGAGAGAGAAGAGACUGGAACCUUAUUUAAUAUUCAACUUUGUUUUGUGUAUUGGUCUCUGAAACUCUUUUGGUCAUCUACAGAAAAAAGUUGGGGUGGAAGAAAUAAAUAGAAUAGGCAGCUGUGUUGCAGGCACAGGCAUAAAUUUCUGACUUUUUUUCCUGUCGGCUCCGCCCCCUGCCACGAUUACACGUUUCACGUUUUUUAAAUAAUUUUUUCGAUUUCUUUUUUUUUUCUUCACUAAAUUUCGAAAUGCAAAAAAUCAGAAAUAAUUUUUGCUUGAAAAAAACGUGCCGCACCUUGCCAAAUAAAUCCCGCCUCCCUAUUCACGCGAGAAUUUGUUUUUUCUGCGACAGGAAUUUCUGAAUAAAAAAGUCAAGAAUUUAUGCCUGUGGCAGGUGUUCGAUUGAAUUUUUGUAGAAUUAUUUGUUCUUCUUAUUUUUAUGGUAUAAGAUUCUGUAGAGAAUUUUUCCAGUAGUUUUCGACACGCUGGUCAUGAUUCCUUUGUCAAAACUGCAAAGCUUAACUUCUAAUAUGAGCUAUGACGUGGCGAAGUUGAGAGAGACCUCAUGAGGUUUAGAACUAACUUCCAAAAAUAUUUUCCAUGAAAAUCUGAUAGCAUAGCGUUGAUCAGAAGGCUCGAAGAAAAAAUAAAAGAUACACGUGGCCGAACUAUUUUGGUGGCCGAGAAAUGUCGGGAAUUCGACCAAAACAACAAACUCGCUCUAACAUUGUUGGAACGUGUUUGUGGCUUUGGCCGAAUUCCCGACAUUUCUCGGCCAUCGAAAUAGUUCGGCCGUAUAUAUCUUUUAUUUUUUUCGUCGAGCAUUCUGAUCAACGCUAUAUUAUCAGAUUUUCAUGAAAACCAUUUUAGAAGUCAAUUCUAGACCUUCUAGAAGUCUCUCUUCAAUUUUGCCACGUCAUAGCUUAUAUUAAGAGUUGAGAUUUGCGGUUUUUGAUCAGAGGAUUGUUAUGUGUCCCUCUAAAAUACUAUAAAGCAUGUUCUAAGCUCAGCUUCAUCCCAAGCAGUUACCGUAACUCUUUCAAUUUUGAGUCACAUGUUGUUGAUUCAAUUUCUCAUUCGAAAUGAAAUGUUUCAUUUGAUUGUAUUUAUUCAUAAUAUAUUCAUACCAACCAUCUAAUCCUUUUCUUCUUCUCGUUUUUCGAAAUUCCAAAUACCGGUUCACCGGUUGUCAUCACCUUUUCUUCCACCUCAAUUUCCUUUCCUCUUCUUCUCACAACGGGUUUAGUUAGUCUAACUUGCCAUAGGAUUUGAGCGACCAAAAAAAAGACAUAUUGCUUCUCUUUUCUGUUUUUGCACACUUUUUCUUUGAUGCCCUUUUUUUGGAAUACAAUAAUUCUAUGCCAAUAACAAUCAACAAGAAAAAGUGGAGUCUCUUGGGGAGUAGGGAUACUGUAAAUACGAUAGGAAAAAUAUUCAAAAGCAAGCGGCACUUUGGGCAGCACAGUUAUGACUCAUUGAUUGGGGCUUUUCGCGUUGUUGGGGGAGCGAGGGAGGUUACUUUUUUGUGUAAAUAUGUAUGUAAUUAGGCAGAAUUUGUCGUCCAAAACUGGAAAGCUUGGAUCCUAAUAUGAUGACGUGGCAACGUUGGAAAAUUCUCUACUUUUUCACGAAAAUCAUUUCAGAAAAUCUAAAAGUCCCAAUUUUUCGAGCUUUUCGAACUUUGCCACGUCUUAACUCAUAUUAUGAGCUGAGCUUUGUAGUUUCAGACCGCUUCAAAACUCUCUUCUUUUUCAGAAAAGCUCCCUAUGAUGUCACCUUUCCCCCUUUUUUCUUCUAAAAAAAUUUCCAUCAUAAUUGUUGGUUGCAAUAUAUUUUUGUUCCUAGCAACAUUCAUCUGCUCAUUGUUUGUGUGCACUUUGAAAAAUUCGCAUUUUUUUCAAUGUUUCACCCACACACUUGUUGUCUUCUAUUUCUUCAUAUUAUUUUCGUCAAAUGUUGUACAUACAUAUAUACAAAACAAAACAAAACAAAUCAAAACCACAACGAUUCUUCAUUUUUUUUCGCUUUUUCCAUCUGCCAAUAAAUUUCGCGUUUCAUUUUCUUUUUCUUUUCGAAGAAACGUGACAUGGUUCAUAUCGGAAGAAGAAGAAAACACAUUAUUCUGAAAAACGAGGAGGGAGAAAAAAGUUGAGGCUUGAAGAUGCUGGGCAUGGUUAGAAGGCGGAGUUUUAUCAGGAUUUUGAAGUUGUUAGUGAAAAUGAUACAGAUUUUCAUUGUUUCUGCAAAAUUAGCAUUUUUCCUGACGAUUCUUGAAAAAAAAUUAUUUUUGGAAUAGAAAACGUGUUCACGUGAGAGAUUCUUUUCCUCGAUAGGCAUUUCUGAAAAAAAUUUGCUGAGAAAUGAUGCUUGUGAGUUUUUUGGGACCACACUGAACAGGAAUCGGAUAAGUUCCGAUGUUUGAGACAUUUCUAAAAUCAUUUUGAGCAUUGCUCAUAUUAUGGAUGAUUUUUUGGGCAUGUUUGAGGAUUUCCAAGCAUUGCUCAGGUUAGGGGGAUGUUUCUGAUUAUUGCUCAUGUUAGCAAAAUGUUAGCGCAUAGCCCGUGUCAUAGAUUUUUUUGGGCAUUUCUUCCUCAUUUUUAAGAGAUUGCUCAUAUUAUGGAUGCUUUUUUCUCAUCCUGUUCCGAUCUCGAAAAUCAGGUCCAACUUCAAAAUUAGCCGAAAAAUGCCUCAUCUCCAUCCGUUCCAUACGUUAGUCCUCCACUCCGCCUCCGAUCGCUCCGAUUCUCGAACAUUUGAACCCCGAUGUCGAACAUUUGUCCAAACGACCAAUUUAUCUUCUCCGCUCAUAUAUAUUUUUUAUGAUCCACAACGUUCAUGUCAUUUUUUUUGCUCUUUCUGAUUCUCAUCAUCAUAAUCAAUGGUCUUUUUCAAAUGUGUAGGAGUUUUUUGCCCGCGAGAAAAUCGAUGGAAAAAAUCAAAAUUAAUAUGAUUUGUCGUGUCACGCGAAAAAAUAUUGCCAAGGAAAAAAAUUCUCGAUUUCUUUCAUUAUUUACAAUAAACCAAUAGGGAGUCAAAUGGGUCAGCGAAAGAAGAAAAAGGAAAAGGAUAUUAUUAUGUGGUUGUUGUUUAUAACAACAACAAUAAUAUGAAUAUGAAUAUAUCUCUAUCUUUUUUUCUUUUUUUCUGUUAUUGUUUUGUCAUAUAUUGGUUUUCGCUAGUUGUUGAAUCUGGUAGGAAAUUCUUCGGAUUGCGCGCGCCUCCGCCGACCGGUUUUUUCUCCAUUCAUUCAUUUCGUAGUCAUAGAUCGGUCUGUUUUCAUUUUCUUCCUUGUUACCUCGUGUUGUUUCAUUUGUUUUGUUUUUGCUAAAAAAUCAGAUGACGUUGCUGUCUGUUCCACUACAGUCUAGUCUGAGCCCUGGAUCUUUCCAAUUUCAUCCGUUCAAACUAGAUAUAUAUAUUUCAAGUGGAAUUGUUGAUCCACUAUCUGUUGACUAGCUUUCUCGCGAUCAAACUACAGACAUUUUGUAACGAGAUCAAUUUUUCAAUUCGUGGAUGGAAUUCUGACGAUUUGAGCAUUUGACCUACCGAAUGUCUGUAGUUUGAACCCGAGGUAGUGUGUAAAUCGAGAGAUUUAGACACCGUAUGGGGGUCGAAAUCAAAAAUAUGGUAUUUAUCAUCCUAAUCAGUGCGAUUUUUGUAAUCUACUGUCUGAAUCUCUCGUUUCACACACUAUUUUGGGUUCAAACUAUAAACAUUUUGUAAGUCAGAUGUUCAAUUCGUCCGGAUCUCAUGUAUACCACCACAUUUAUAAAUUCGGCCCCAGAAUCUCUGGAAAUUUCUCGCACUCCGCUUUGUUUCCCUUUUCAAACUGAUCAUCACAUAAUAGUACACUCCUAGUUUGUCUAGGCGGCCAUUUUUUUGCACUUCUACCACUUUUCCGUCUUUCUUCCUAAUUCGGAGCCAUCUCAUGCACCUCUUUUUCUUUGUAUCUCCGAGAAAAGCAGAAAAAUCGCCCUUUGCUGUUAGUUGUUGUUUUUUUUUUUGAAAAAAAAAGAAAAGAAGAUACAAAGUAAUAAAGAGAGAGAGCUAGAGUAGCAGAGAAAGAAAUUGGCCGUCGAUUGUGUUUUUUUUUCGUGUAUCUAUAGUGUGUGUGGUUAUGCCGCGCUCCUUUCCUUUUCCCUUCUUCUGUGUUUUUUUUGCACCUUCUUCGUCUCUAACCACACUCUUCUCUCUCUCUUCUACUGAUGAUGAUGAUGCUUGCUUUCUUUUUUCUUGUGUUUGCGAUUUUCUAUGUGUGUGUGUGUUCCACUUUUUGAAUAUAUUUAUAUGUAUGUUGUAUAUAUUUAUAUAUAAAGAAGAGAGGAACGUCGAGCCGCACUCUCAUUCUGCAAACAAUUUUCGAUAGAUUCUGAUCUUUAAUAUAGAUAACCUGCUUAGAAAAUAGAGCAUUGCUCAUUUUAUCCAAACUCUGUGUGUCUCUCUCUCUCUCUUCUUGGAAAAUGACGUGCACUUUAUAAUUAUAGCAUUCUCUAUCACUCUUUUUUUCCAAACUGAAAAUUUAUGAUCUUUUUUAUGUUUCUAUUUGAAUUGAUUGUUUGUAUAGACUUUUUUUCCAGCAAUUUUUAUUUCCUUUGUCACAUUCUUUGCAGUCCGAAAAUUUCCUGUACUUUCCGACCACUCUGCGUCUCUAACCUUUUGACCCAAGACUAUAUAGUAAUAACAUCGACAAAAACAAGUUAGUUUCCGGCAAAAAUCUCUCCGAAAUUUGUUGUUUUGGCCAAGCCACAACUCAUCAAAACAUCAAAAUCUAUAUAUAUAUAUAUAUAUACUACACACUCUCAAAAUAUAUAGGGUUGUUUUUAUAGUUGUUAUUUUUGUGAGCCAUUACUUGUGUGUGUUCCUCAGCAGCUCCUCGGAGCUCCCUUCGUCCGUUCGUUUUUCUAUUAUUUUUCGACUGCAUGAAUGUAUUGUUUUGGUUUGUGCUGUGUUGUCGUAAAAGAGUUACUAGUUGUUGUUGACACAUUCUUAUUUGGAAAAAAGAAAGAGGAGGGAGGGAAUUCUUCGGAAAAACAUGGAGAACGUAAUUACUUUGGAAAUGGUGUUGUUAUUUGUCUGAAGCUUGAAGCAAAAUCUUUUUUUGCUGUGCCCAAGUGAUUUGUUUUUGUCUUUUUCUUCCUUGAUGCCUGAACAUUUUUGGUCAGUUCCUGUAACUUCAGAAUUUAUCAUGUGAUUAUAGAUCGUUUAUUUUCUUAUCACCUUGCCCCCUUUCUCUCAAGUCACAAUUGAUUUUUUUGCAGAACUCCAUCGCCAGUUGGUGCAAUGAAGGCAUCGACAUCGGCGGAUAAAAAAUCAGCACAAUAUGUAAAUGAUGCGUUGCCGGACCCCAAGGAAGAACCGUGAGUAAAAAAUAGUGAAUUCCUCGAGAAGUACACAUAGAAAUUUCAUUUUCAGAAUGAGAAGCGAUGAACAUUGUCUGGAGACAGCGAUGGAUGCAAUGAUCAGACAAUCGGAAAAUAUGGAACGAAAUUAUCGAGAAAAAGCGCCGUCGAUUAUUGCCGAGAGUCGAAUGGCCACCGCGCAACUCUUUCAUAAGUUAGUUUUGUUUUCGGGACUCUACUGAAAAUAGACAAAUUUCGUUCAAAGAUUUGUCUUGUAUUGAUUUUGACCAAAAAGAAGCAUUGGUUGCAUCUGAGCAAACUUUUGCCAUGCUCACAUGGUUUUGAAUGUUUAAUUUUGUGAUAUUUUAAACCACAAAACUUUCUGAUGGCUGAAAAUUGUUUCUCAAAAAAAAACCGCGAAAUUUACGUUUCAAUAAAAUGUUGAAAAGUUUACAGAAAAGAUUAUUUAUUAUUUUGAUUUUUUCAGGAAACUAUUUUCUAUCAAACAAAUUGGAAAAAAAAACCUAUUUAACCCAAUUUACUUUGGAAAAUUCACCAAAUCAAAAAAAAGUCAAAUUUGUUCGAAGAGUUAUUCCGUAAAAUUACAAAAUCAAUUUUUCUGGUUCGAAAAAUUGUUUCUCAAAAAAGCCGCGAAAUUUACGUUUCAAUGAAAUGUUGAAAAUUUUACAGAAAAAAUUAUUUUGAUAGUUCAUUUCUAAAUAAUUUUUUGAAAUCAGAAGAAUACGAAUUAUUUGAGAAAACUGUCACACUGUUUCAAACUAUUCACAAAAUUAAUGUUUAUAAGAUUUAUCUGUUGAUUACGCCAAAAAUUGUUUAAAUUCCCUCUUGUUUUUCUAAAUUUCUAAAAAAAAAAAAAUGAAAAAACAUGUUCAUACUUCCUUAAAAAUUUCCUAAAUUUCAUAAAUUCUUCAGAUAUCGAGAAGACGAGGAGAGGAAACGACUCGAGUCGCACAAAGCCAAAGAAGCCUAUCAGCAACCAGUUUCAACAACUCCAGUCGCUCGACAAAUAUCCGAUCGAAAACGACGAGUAACAACUGAAAUGGAAGACGAAUGGGCGAAAAGACAAGGACAACAGCAACAAUUGAAUCAUUGGAUGGGGCCGGUACCAUCUACGUAUCAUUCGCAGCAACAAUAUCAUCAACAUCAACAAUUUUUGAUGAUGCAACAGCAGCAGCAGCAACAAAUGCAGCGAGCAACAACAUCUUCAACUCCUGGAACACCUGGACCUGCUCCGCCUGCUGCUCCAAAUCAUUCGAGUCCACCCACCCUCGCCACAGCUCCAGUCCAACCAUCAACUUCUGCGGAUCAUGUGAAUUUCUGUGGAUCCUCACCGCCUAAGGCAAUUGAUGAUUUGAGUGAUUUGCCGACGCCGGGAAAUGUGGAUUUCCUCGCCGCCGAAUCGGAAUUUCGAUGUGAUCGCGAUGAGAUCAAAGAUCUUGGGCCGGAUAUUUUUGACGAGUUCUUCACCGAUAUGACAGCUUGCUCGUCGUCGCCAAUGGGAGCGCCGAUGUUUUCGAGUACACCGGUUCCGCCGAGAUUUUCGGAUGCUGAGCAGGUAGGAAUUUUCAAGAGGAAAAAAAAGAUAAUGAAUAAAAUCAAAUAUUUUUCAGCAGCAUCAACUUCAUUUGCAGCAACAGCAACAGCAACAACAGCAAAUGCUUCUUCAGCAGCAACAGCAACAACGAGAGAUUUAUAUGAAACAACAGGCAAUGUAUUCAAAUGGAGCUGGAGCAUAUGGAGCACAAAAUCAACAACAACAGGCAUAUAUGCAUCAUAUGAGAAUGCAACAAAUGAGGUAAGAUUUUUUUCCGGGGUGGGAAAUUUGGAAAUUUGAAAAGCCCUGGUUUCCGGCUAAAAAUUGAUUAGAAUGAAAAUUGAAGCUUGUAAUUUUCAGUUGGAAAUUUUCCUUCAAAAAAAGCAGAAAAUUCCCCGCCUAAAAAAUUUCGAAAAUUUGAAAAAUCUGAAAUUUAGAUUCCUGCUGAAAUUUUGUAUUUUUGCGAUAAUUUUUAUUGAAAAUUUGAGAAUUUGGCACAAAAAUUCAAUAAUAUAUCGGACCUGAAUAAGUUCAUUUUUUAAUCAAUACAAAAUUAUGAAAAUUUAAAAACCGCUUCAAAAAAAGUCGAAAAGUAAUAUGAAGCAAUCUUUUUUGAAAAACCUCUGAAUUUUAGCCUGAAAUUUAGAUUUCUGCUGAAACUUGGAAUUUUUCUGAUAAUUUUUAUUGAAAAUUUGGAGUUUUACCGCUAAAAUUAAUUAAAAAUUCCUGGGCUUUGAAAAAAUGCUAUUGAUUAUGAAUUUUGUGUAAAUCUGAAAAAUUAAAAUUUAAUAUUAAUUUUACCAACUUAUUUUUCAUUUCUAGUUUUCAAAAAUAAAAAAAAUACGUUUCAAAAUUUUCAUAUUAUUUGUUAUAAUCCAAUAUUGUUUCAAUCAUUAUCCCUUUUUACUGAUGGUUCAAAACCAAAAUUUCAGAUUGAAAUAAGAAAAUUUGAAGUAAUCCCAAUGAUUGAAAGUUCUGAAUUUUAGCCUAAAAUCUAGAUUUCUGCUGAAACUUGGGAUCUUUCUGAUAAUUUUCAUUGAAAAUUUCCUGGGCUCUGAAAAUUCAUAAAAGUUAACACAACUCAUUAUGAGUUUUUUUUUAAAUAAAAAAAAUGAAAAAUUUAUAAAUUUAAAUUAAUUUUACCACGUGAACUCAUUUCUCAUUUCUAGUUUUCUAACCAAAAUCAUUGCAGAUAUCAACAAGGAGGUGCAACAAUGAUGGAUCCACGAAUGAUGAAUUAUUAUCAACAGCAACAACAGCAAGCUUCUGCUGCUGCUCAACAAGUUCAUCCGAUGUAUCAGCAUCAUCUUCAUCAACAACAACAAUUUGCACCACAUCCAAUGAAUUAG